CCUCGCUGAUUCAGUAUUUCUUGAACAAACUUCGAACUGGAAAGCUGGUUCAGAACAUCGACAGAGACGGAGGGAGUUUCGUGAGCGUUCGCACUCGAAGCAGCGAUGAAAUUCCAAUUGGAGGAUGUAACGGUCUACUUCCCGUACGAUCACAUCUAUCCGGAGCAGUAUGCGUACAUGCUGGAACUGAAACGAGCCCUAGACGCCAGAGGUCACUGCCUCUUGGAGAUGCCGACGGGCACCGGAAAAACCAUCGCACUCCUCUCUCUCAUUACCAGCUACGCCCUCUCCAAGCCCUCGAACCCACCAAAACUCCUUUACUGCACCCGCACUGUUCACGAGAUGGAGAAAACCCUAGCCGAGCUCCGCCUCCUCCACGACUACCAACUAAGCCAACUUGGCCCCUCUGCUCGCAUACUAGCCCUUGGUCUCUCCUCCCGCAAGAACCUCUGCAUCAAUCCGUCGGUCGUCUCUGGCAGUUCCCGCGACUCCGUCGAUGCCGCUUGCCGCAAGCUCACCGCCAGCUGGGUCCGUGCUAUGGCAAUCGAGAACCCUAAUAUCCCCACUUGUUGUUUCUUCGAAAAUUACGAGAAGGCGGGAUCGGAUGCAAUGUUGCCUCCCGGGGUUUACACCUUGCAGGAUUUGAGAGCGUUUGGGAAGGAGAAAGGGUGGUGCCCGUAUUUCUUAGCGCGGCAUAUGGUGCAGCUAGCCAAUGUGGUUGUCUAUAGUUACCAGUACUUGCUCGAUCCGAAGGUUGCUGGGAUUAUAUCGAAGGAGAUGCAGAGGGAAUGCGUGGUGGUGUUUGACGAGGCGCAUAAUAUUGAUAAUGUGUGUAUUGAGGCACUUAGUGUGAGUAUCAGGACGCAGACUCUUGAAGGAGCUACAAGGAAUCUCAGCAAGAUGUCUCAAGAGAUUGAAAGGUUGAAGGCCACUGAUGCUGGCAGAUUGCGUGCAGAAUAUAAUCGACUUGUUGAGGGUUUGGCUCAAAGGGGAAACCUGCCUAUUACGGAUAACUGGCUAUCAAAUCCUGUCCUGCCUAAUGAUAUUUUAAAGGAGGCUGUGCCAGGGAAUAUUCGGCGAGCAGAGCAUUUUCUAUCCGUCUUACGGAGAUUGGUACAAUAUUUUAAAGGACGCUUGCAAACGGAGAAUGUUGAGAAGGAAGGACUAGUUGCCUUUGUUGCUUCUAUAAACUCCCAGGCUGGCAUUGAUCAGAAAAUGCUGAAAUUUUGUUAUGAUCGUCUACAUUCACUCAUGUUGACAUUGGAAAUAACUGAUACUGAUGAGUUCUUACAUAUUCAAACAAUUUGUGACUUUGCAACAUUGGUUGGGACCUACACACGGGGGUUUUCAAUAAUAAUUGAACCUUUUGAUGAGAGGAUGCCACAUAUACCUGAUCCAGUAUUGCAGCUCAGUUGUCAUGAUGCUUCUAUUGCGAUAAAGCCUGUAUUUGAGAGAUUCCAAUCGGUUAUAAUAACAUCUGGAACUUUAAGCCCAAUAGAUCUCUAUCCCCGUCUUCUUAACUUUAAUCCCGUAAUUAGUCGAAGCUUUACAAUGUCUUUGACAAGGGAUUGCAUAUGUCCAAUGGUCCUUACUCGUGGGAGUGAUCAGCUUCCAGUAAGUACAAAGUUUGAUAUGAGGAGUGAUCCAGGUGUUGUGAGAAAUUAUGGGAGGCUUUUGCUUGAAAUGGUGGCUGCUGUUCCAGAUGGGAUCGUUUGUUUCUUUGUCAGUUACUCAUACAUGGAUGGAAUUGUCAAUAGUUGGAAUGAAAUGGGAAUCUUACAGGAUGUAAUGCAGCAUAAGCUUGUGUUUAUUGAGACACAGGAUGUGGUAGAAACAACAUUGGCUCUGGAUAACUAUCGUAGAGCUUGCGAUUGUGGAAGGGGUGCUGUCUUUUUUUCCGUUGCCAGGGGAAAAGUAGCAGAAGGUAUAGAUUUUGAUCGCCAUUAUGGCAGAUUAGUGAUCAUGUUUGGGGUUCCUUUUCAAUACACACUCAGCAGAAUCUUGCUUGCUCGGUUAGAAUAUUUACGGGAAACAUUUCAGAUAAAAGAAGGAGAUUUUUUGACUUUUGAUGCCUUGAGGCAAGCUGCUCAAUGCGUUGGCCGAGUAAUUCGUUCAAAAGCAGAUUAUGGGAUGAUGAUUUUUGCAGAUAAGAGGUACAGUCGUCACGACAAGCGCUCUAAACUGCCUGGAUGGAUACUAUCACAUUUACGUGAUGCACACCUUAACUUGAGUACUGACAUGGCUCUGCAUAUAGCAAGGGAGUUUCUUAAGAAGAUGGCGCAACCGUAUGACAAGGCUGGGAGUAGCAACAGAAAGACACUUCUAUCAGAAGAAGACUUGGAAAGAAUGGGAGCUGACAUCGUGUCUGAGAUGUUGUCAUGAAGGAAGAUUGUUCUGGCUCAGAUUCCAAGUGUGCUUAGUGCGUCCAGUGAUUUCAGCGUCUUCCCAUCUAUUUACAAACUUGGCACACGCCACAAAAUUUUGAUUAUUGAUGUAAAGAGGGUCGAGGAACAAUUUUAUUUUAUUUUGCCCAACAUCCUUGUCAUAAUGUAAUAAAAUUAGUUUGGUUUCCAUGCUUUUUAGUUUUUA